AAAUGCCACGAAUAUUAAUGAAAGCUCCAAAAACUGGUGCUCCAAUUAAGCAAAUUAACAAAAGUGGAUAUGAAUCAGGUUUUGAGGACCAUGGAGUACAUCACGCUCCACCCGAAUCAGCUAUGUCACAGCCUGCAAAACAAAUUAAGGAAAUCAGCCUUAAAGAUAUCACGGAUAUUGCCUUAACGACCCUCGCAUUUCUGUCUUUUGGGAUGUUCAUUCUUCAGGUUCUUAUGUGCAUCACUAUGAAUAAAGAGGAUACAAGUAAUUUAAUGAUGCUACCUAUGGAGGCAACGGAAUCAGUUGAACCAAGUGAUGGGACAGAAGAGAUACGAAGGAGGAAACGAUCUGCUCCAGAAAGUUUGUCAAUAUUAGUGGGGGCAAAUCAACUGACUCAAACUUUAUUGACCACAAUCGACCACUUAUACCUAAGUGGAAACAAAAAUGUCAACAUGAAACAUUACUUUCAACUUUUAUGCGGAUACGGUGCUAACAAUACGAAAUUGAGAAAAAUACAAAAAAUAUGGACAAUACUUUACAGCUUGGGAACGAGUUGGUUGGCAGCUCGAGCAUCCGAAGACUAUUAUUCAAUAAUCAAACGAGUCAGUCAGGUGUUUGAGGUCUGCACUUAGCUAAAGCUGGAA